CUCCUUUCUCUCAGAUUUCAAGCUCAACCAGCACACUUUCUCUCUCUACUAAUCAAUCUCUCUCCUCUCUCUCUUUCUCUCUCUCUACAAUCGAAAUCUUGAAUAAACUCACAGUAAUGGCUCCAACGCCUUCUUCUUCCUCCAAAUCGAACCAGUUCAAGACCCCGCAAUCCAAGCCCCAUCGCCUCCAAUUCCACUCAAAACUGCACCCUUCUCCGAACCCCAAUUCCGCCGCUAAAGAAAACCCUAACCCUAAUCCCAAUCCUGCAGAACACCCGGUCGAAGUGAUCGCCCGAAUUCGAGACUACCCAGACCGGAAGGACCCACAAAACCCACCCAUUUCCACCCUCCAGAUCAACCCCCAAAAGCAGAGCAUUCGUCUCCGUGCCGAUUUCGGUUACCGAGAUUUCGCCCUCGACGGGGUUUCUUUAUCGGAGGAGGAGGAUCUUGGCGCGUUCUACAGCAAAUUUGUGCAGUCGAGGAUUAACAGCGUCAAGUUGGGCGACAAAUGUACGGUCAUGAUGUACGGCCCGACCGGUUCGGGCAAGAGCCACACGAUGUUCGGGUGCUCGAAACAGCCGGGGAUUGUCUACAGGUCUCUGAAAGACAUUCUUGGGGAUGAGGAGGACGACGGCGACACCGACGGCGAGCGGGUCGGGGUCGGGACUUUUGUGCAGGUGACUGUUCUGGAGAUCUAUAACGAGGAGAUUUACGAUCUCUUGUCGGUUAAUGGCAGCGGCGGCGGAGGAGGAGGACUAUGGCCGAAGGGAAAUGGUUCUAAUUCUAAGGUAAAGCUUGAAGUGAUGGGAAAGAAGGCCAAAAAUGCAACUUACAUUUCUGGGACUGAAGCUGGUAAGAUUUCCAAAGAGAUUCAGAAGGUGGAGAAAAGAAGGAUUGUUAAGAGCACCCUUUGCAAUGAUAGAAGCUCUAGAAGCCAUUGCAUGGUUAUCCUUGAUGUACCGACGGUUGGAGGACGGUUGAUGCUUGUUGACAUGGCUGGCUCUGAGAACAUUGAGCAAGCUGGUCAGAUUGGUUUUGAGGCAAAAAUGCAGACUGCAAAGAUCAACCAAGGAAACAUAGCACUGAAAAGAGUGGUUGAAUCAAUUGCUAAUGGCGAUUCACAUGUGCCCUUUAGGGACAGCAAACUGACCAUGCUUUUGCAGGAUUCUUUUGAGGAUGACAAAUCGAAGAUUUUAAUGAUACUCUGUGCAAACCCGGAUCCAAAGGAGAUACACAAGACAAUUUCCACUCUUGAAUAUGGAGCAAAAGCGAAAUGCAUUGUCCGUGGGCCUCAUACGCCAGUUAAAGAUGGUGGUGAGGAUUCCUCCUCUGCUGUCAUUUUGGGAUCAAGGAUUGCAGCUAUGGAUGAGUUUAUACUUAAGCUACAAAAGGAGAACAAGCUCAGAGAGAAAGAGAAAAAUGAAGCACACAAACAGCUCUUGAAGAAAGAAGAUGAGGUUGCUGCUUUGAGAGCAAGACUCGAGUGUAUUGAAGGAAAAGGUUCUGUAAAGGAGGAAGAAAUCAAUAUUAAGGUGAAUGAGAGGACACAGAUUCUGAAAGUCGAGCUAGAAAAGAAGUUGGAGGAGUGCCAGAAAAUGGCAAAUGAAUUUGUUGAAUUGGAGAGGAGGAGGAUGGAAGAGAGGAUAUUGCAGCAGCAACAGGAAGUUGAAAUGCUGAGGCAGCGGUUAGAGCAAAUUGAGUUGGAGCUACGUUCAAACGACGGAAAGGAUGAUGCAGUUGGGAAAUCAUCAAUGGAAGGAAGUGGGCUUGUGAAAAAGCUAUUAGGGCUUUAUGGCAGCGAUGACGCAAUGGUUAAGUCAAUGGAUCUGGACAUGGACGAUCCAGAACCGUUUGUUCGCGAGGUGAAACAUGUUGGCAGUUUUAUUCAGCAAACUGACAACAAUGGUGGCAGCCAAUGUUUAUAUCAACCACACCUUAGUACUUUUAACGACCCCUUUGCUCCUACACUUGGUGAAAAAUUAGGCCUUAGCACUGUAUAUGAGGAAGAAGAAGUGGAGGAAGAAGAAGAGGAGGAACCUAAAGGAAAUGGGGAAGAUGAAGAAGUGGAUAAAGAAAUCAUUGAGGAAAAGAGGAUCUGCGUGGUAGACGGGGUUAAACCGCACUUGAGUAUAUUGGCUGCAUAUCUACAUGAGAAUUCUGAAAACACACCAAUACCAGAUCAGCCAAGCAAAAAUCCAGAGGAAAAUGAAUGUUUACUGGAAAAAACUGAAGAUAGGUUUGCGAGUUUAGGUCUCAAAAGUGUGCCUCAAGAUGAUAAGGAUUCCGCGUCAAAUAGACGCGUGCGAAUUCAGAACAUCUUCACACUGUGUGGGAACCACAGGGAGCUUUCAAAACACACCAGAACACCACUAUCUGCUAAGAAGAUGUCAGAAAACAUUGACCCCCAGGAGCAGACCAAAGGGACUCAAUCUCCGAGUCAUCCCCCGCAAACUCCUGUUCCAUUGAGAUCCCUAGAGAACACAAUAGCACUCACCCCAAAUGCUUGCUAUUCACCAGAGUUAGGAGAUCACCUGAAUUCUUCUUCUUUUAUUACAGUUAGAAGAUCAAGAAAUUAGGUGGUUGGAGGGUUCUACUUUUUGUGUGGACUUUGAA